CCGAAUUCUCUUCCCCUUGUGUUCCUCACUCUGUUCGGUGCUCGCCAUUCCGAGUAGCUGGAGUGCCCCAGCUGGUCUACUCGUCUAUUUCUCCGAUGAUUUCCCUUCUCUGAGUUCUCGGCGAGCAUUAUCUAUUAUGGAUCACUUGGAUGAUCAUGAUAGUGAUGACAUGGAAGCAGGGGUACCAAGAUUCCGAAAUAAGAAAUCAUCAAAGAUUUCGGACAUGUACAAGCGUGUUGCCACAAAUGGAGGGAUUCGCAUGAUGGAAUGCCGCUCCUGCCAUGCUAACUUUAGUUACAAAGGUGGCCAGUUGUGGAAACACCAACAAAGUUGUAAAGCCAAGGAGGCUCUGGGUCCAAGCCAGCAGCAACAGAAUGCGGACUUUCGACUUGUGGUGAAUGAAGUAGAUCCAGUGGACAAAAUUCUUCCAGAUUCACUUGAUGAGAUAAACUUGGUGACCCGUAGUGAGAAUAGAAAAUUCAGGUCAGAGGCAUGGAAGGAUUUUACACCAGUCUUUGUUGGAGGGACAAUCCACGCAGCAGACUGUGUCCAUUGCCACAAGCGAGUAAGUGCAGAUAAUGGUAGAAGAAAUUUAAGACGGCAUACUGAGUCUUGUAUGAAAAAAGGUGGAACUAGUGUAAGUAAUCUUAAGGCAAGGAAGCGCAAGAAUAAUUCCGCAAAUUCUUCGUCCAAUUCACAAUGGAGUCAGGAAGAACCUAGUCUGUUGUUCCAGUCCAGUGUAAGAACUUCAAAGUCUAGGGUCCAAAAUGAGGUUCCCUUGGCAAAUGGGAAGGUUCAGACUGCAGAAUAUGAUAGCAAAUUCCACAAGGGAUGCUCUGGUGAUAGGACCCCUGUGGACCAAGACAUUCUAGCUUCACAGCAAAGGGACAAAAUGGACCCUACAGAACAAAAUACCUCAACAGCUCAAGCUAAUCCAGAUGUUAACACGAAAUUUGACCAAGAAUCAUCAUAUCAGGAGCUAACUAGAAUGAUUAUCUUAAAUGGAUAUCCCAUGUCAAUUGUUGAGCAUGAAGAAAUGAGACGUUUUGUAAAGAGCCUCAAUCCAGAAUUUAACAUGCCUUCAAGCACUGAUAUUGAAGAGUUUUCAACUGUUUUGUUUCAGGAAAGAAAGGCUGACCUUAAGAAGAAAAUUGCUCUUUCAUCACAUCGGGUUUCUUUAUCAGCAUGUUUGCGGACUCCUCAUGGAUCGGAGGCCUCAGUGAAGUAUCUCUCUUUGUCAGUGCAUUUUAUUGAUUCUGGCUGUAAAAUUGAAAAGAGAAUAAUCAAAUUUGGUAUAUUUCAAUCAUCAUGCACUAAUUUAGAUAGAAUGAUACAUUUUAAGGGGGAUUGUGCCCUAGAUUCUGAGAGUGGGCCAUUUAAUGCCAUGUAUGAAGCUAUAAGAGAUUGGAAUCUUGAUCAGAAGCUUUUGAGCUUGACAUCUGUCGGUGAAAUUAGAGACGAUGUGCGUACCUCAGAGCUGAAGGACUUUUUGAUCCAAAAGAAAUGCCUUCCUAUUGGUGGUGAGCUAUUCAAUAUGGCUUGUCUGGAUGAUAUGCUUAACAGCAUUGUUUCGAAAGGGCAGCCUAUGCUUAAUCUUGCUGGUGAUAUACUAGACAGGUUUAUCCAGGCACAUAUGUCCUCGCCACUGGCUAAGCAGCAACUUAUAAAAGUUAUUACAAAUAUGAAAUUGAAAUGCCUUGGGGAAGAUGCAAAAUGGUGGCACAAAAUUUAUUUUGGGCUUGAAGUUCUUUUGGAUUUCAAGAAGGCUUUUCCCUCUAAAGAGUUGUUACCUGCAGAAGACACUAAAACUGUUGACUAUGUUUGCAAGAUACUGAGGGCUUUUUAUCACGCUGUUGAAGUAAUAUCUGGUACUGUUUGUCCGACGGCAAAUAUGUACUUCAAUGAGCUAUGGAUGGUUAGAGCAACUUUGGAAGAACAAGCAUCUACUGAUUAUACUGAACUUUCUAGCAUGGUUUGGGAGAUGCAGAAAGCUUUUGAUGAGUUCUGGAAAAAUUCGUACGUGUGGUUGUCAGUACCUGUUGUUUUUUAUCCCAGAUUCAAAAUUGCUUUUAUCAAGUUUCGUCUGGAACAAGCUUUCGGCAGCAAAGCAUUUAUCUGUCAUAUCAUGUACGAUCCAUGAGUUGUUUCUUGAGUAUUGCAGUUCUGUUGGUAAGCCAAGUGUCGACACAUCAAAUUGUGAAACUCCUGAUGUUGAAGUGGGUGGAUUUUACAGUUAUUCAUUAGAAGAUUGGGAUGAGCAUAUUAAUGCGCAGAUAAGGAGCCAGGUAUCGACAGAACUUACUACCUACCUUGAUGAUGGUCUUGUUCCGAGGGAUGAUGAUUUUGAUAUUUUGAAUUGGUGGAUGAGUAAUGCUACAAAGUAUCCAAUCCUCUCUGUUAUGGCACGUGACAUCCUAGCGAUGCCUGGUUCUGCUGUUCAAUGUGAGGCAGCAUUAAGCAGUGAAGGACCAGUGAUUAAUAAGCAAUGGAGUAAAUUGAAUAUCAACGCAAUUGAGGCUCUCGUAUGUAUCCGGGAAUGGAUUAAGUAGAAUGGCUACUUGUCAUGCCGCUGUCAACUACCAACACUAAUCGUGCUUCAUUAUCAGUAGAGGAUUACAAGCACUCAGGCAGUAGAUACUGAUAAUAUAACUCCUAGGAGUACUGGGUGAUACUGCAGGGGCCACAUUGCCUAUCUGUUUUGUGGCGUUAGACAACCUGCAGCUGCUAGCAUGUCUGAAUAUUUCUGCUAUUUCCCCAUAUGUGUAUGUAUUAGUCAGGCACCCUUCGUUCUAGGUGUUUCGUGUUUACAUGCAUUUCCUGAAUUAGGACAUGGACUCUGGUUCAGACAUGCGCCAUGCCAAUGAUCCACUGUCUUAACCUGGUCUGAAGUUAUUUCUCUGGUCUAUUUAUCGAUGUUAUUAA